AUGGCCUCCUAUAGCCCUGCCAACGAGGGCUGGUUUGGUGAGAGGGGGGUUCACCAGGGGAUUGGGCUGGACAUCCUCUUCAGUGGCAGAGACUUUAACACACCUAAUCUGUACUCUCCAAAUGACACUCUACAACUUCAGGAGGCCAAGUCCCAUUAUGCCUGUCCCAGGGCCCCCCAGAGGUCCCUGCAUGGCUGGGGCACAUACAGCCCCCCUCCACAAAAACCCAGCCCCAGCACUGAGAGCAGAGGGGGGGCCUCCUCUGCUGCCAGGCCUGCCUCCCUCAACCAGUGCCUGGGCUACCACACCCUGCCCCGCAGAGCCCUAGCUGUCUUCAGACCCUGGUGAGUAAAAUACAGGGGGAGUGAGGGAGGGACACCCUGGUGGGUGAGACAUGGGGAGUGAGAGACGGGAAGGGAGAGAUGGAGGAAAGGGACACACUGGUGAGAGACAGGCGUAGUGGGACAGAGACCCUGGUGGGAGGGACCCUGGUGGGGUAUAGAUUUAUGUGUGUGAGGAUUCCGGGUCAGCUGAGAGCCGCAGGGUCCCACGGAGGGGAGGGGAAAUGUGGGACACACCCUCCCCUCCUCCACCACCAUCGUGUGACACAUAACUUAUAAAAACACACUGGGUGGGGCAUCGUGGCAGCAAUAAAUUAUUGGAUUAAUGCUUGGGUAAGUCUCAAUGAUGUCAAAAUUUGAUUUGAAUGUCUCUAUGCAUGCCAUCUGUGAGUUUGCACGUCUGCACUGUGUGUGCAUUUAUUUGGUGCGUGUCUGUCUGCUGUGUGUUUGUUUGCGGUGUGUUUUUGUAUGUGCUGCUGUGUGUGUCUGUGUUUGUGCUGUACCCGUGGUUCUGGUAUGUGUGUGUUUGUUUUGCCUUCAGUGUCUACAGCAGCCCUCAGGGAUAUAACACUACCACAGUGGACAAACCUCGCAUGCUUAGAGCCACUAUUACAUCCAGCCCCUCGGACUCCAACCACCCUGUCCAGCACCAGAGCCAAGACCAGAAGCCCAGACCAAACCAGCAGCAGGUCAUCAAGCAGCAGCACCAGCCAAGCCUCAGUCCCAAGCCUGUCUACCAGCCAAGCCUCAGUCCCAAGCCUGUCUACCAGCCAAGCCUCAGUCCCAUGCCUGUCUACCAGCCAAGCCUCAGUCCCAAGCCUGUCUACCAGCCAAGCCUCAGUCCCAAGCCUGUCUACCAGCCAAGCCUCAGUCCCAAGCCUGUCUACCAACCAAGCCUCAGUCCCAAGCCUGUCUACCAACCAAGCCUCAGUCCCAUGCCUGUCUACCAACCAAGCCUCAGUCCCAAGCCUGUCUACCAACCAAGCCUCAGUCUCAAGCCUGUCUACCAACCAAGCCUCAGUCCCAAGCCUGUCUACCAACCAAGCCUCAGUCCCAAGCCUGUCUACCAACCAAGCCUCAGUCUCAAGCCUGUCUACCAACCAAGCCUCAGUCUCAAGCCUGUCUACCAACCAAGCCUCAGUCCCAAGCCUGUCUACCGACCAAGCCUCAGUCCCAAGCCUGUCUACCGACCAAGCCUCAGUCCCAAGCCUGUCUACCAACCAAGCCUCAGUCCCAUGCCUGUCUAUAGGAGACUCACAACCUGGCAGCACAAGGACAACACCAAUACAGACAGCAACACCAUCAAGACCAACAACAGCCCUCACAGUAACAGCAUCAAGAGGUGAGUUAUUCUAUAUUAAUGCAGUUGUUGUAUAGUGCCUGCAUCAAGUACUUCAUGAAUGUGUAAUUAAUUGAUUUAUAAUUUGAUUAUAGUUCUGUAAUGUUUAGAGAAAAGGGUAUUUGAGAUCUGAGUGGACAGAGGAGGAUUUCUAUUAAGUUGAUCCAGACAGGAUUUGCAGCGUGUUGAGAUUGAUUGAUUGAUUACUGAGUAACUGUACGGUACCACUCUGUAAUCAGACAGGUGGACAUGACGUCCCAGAACGUGUUUGGUCAGCCGCGUGUCCUGGCCUCGCUGCGGGGCCCGCCCUUUGCACGACAGACCCACAAGACAUCUAACCUAGAGGAGGAACUGAGGAGGCUCAUCAUACUGGACAACACAUCAGAGGACUCAGGGAGGGAUGCAGUGAGUUAGGCUGCGUUUACACAGGCAGACGAAUUCUGAUAUUUUUUCCACUAAUUGUUCUUUUGACCAAUCACAUCAGAUCUUUUCACAGCAGACCUUUUUCAGAGCUGAUCUGAUUGGUCAAAAGACCAAUUAGUGAAAAAAUAUCAGAAUUGGGCUGCCUGUGUAAAGGCAGCCAUUUAGAAACACAUCAUAGAUGCACAUGCGAGGCGAUAGAGAAAUAAGUGUAGCCGAUCCUACACCACCCCAGGUUUAAAGAAGAGCAUUGGGAACUCUGCCUAACAUACAUACAAGUUCUUAAAGUUUGGGUUAAGUGGCAAUAAAGAAGUCAACAAAAAGGUUGCAAGUUUACAAGUUUUAUUUUCUCCUUCUCCAACAUUUGUCAAAACCUCAGACUUCUCUUUUAAGCCUAGUUAAAGGACAAGGAGCACACAGGAGAACACAAUGAAAUAUACAAACAAACAAAAACAGGUUCUGGACUGGUGCAGGGUCGAGGGAAGAACUACCUAAACAUUAAUUCAUAUUCAAAUCAAGAUUAAUCAAAUAUAUUCUCUCAACUUAGUCAGACAGUCAAAAACUAACAACCAGCCACAUGGCAAGUUCCCACUUACCUGCAAGUUCCCCAGCGGAUGCACCUCAAACAAAAAAGAGAAAGUAUUUAAAGAAAUAGAAUAUAAUUACUUUAGUCGUGGCAAGUCGGAUAAGAUAGCAUAAAGAUAUACUGUAAACAUAAUAACAGCAACAUUCACACAUGAAUGAUACAAAUGCUUACAAAGUAUAUAUAUAUACGCUACCGGUCAAAAGUUUUAGAACACCUACUCAUCCAAGGGUUUUUCUUUAUUUUUACUAUUUUCUACAUUGUAGAAUAAUAGUUAAGACAUCAACACUAUGAAAUAACACAUAUGGAAUCAUGUAGUAGCCAAAAAAGUGUUAAACAAAUCAAAAUAUAUUUUGUAUUUGAGAUUAUUCAAAUAGCCACCCUUUGCCUUGAUGACAGCUUUGCACUCUUGGCAUUCUCUCAACCAGCUUCACCUGGAAUGCUUUUCCAACAGUCUUGAAGGAGUUCCCACAUAUGCUGAGCACUUGUUGGUUGCUUUUCCUUCACUCUGCGGUCCGACUCAUCCCAAACCAUGUCAAUUGGGUUGAGGUCGGGGAUUGUGGAAUCCAGGUCAUCUGAUGCAGCACUCCAUCACUCUCCUUAUUGGUAAAAUAGCCCUUACACAGCCUGGAGGUGUGUUGGGUCAUUGUCCUGUUGAAAAACAAAUGAUAGUCCCACUAAGCCCAAACCAGAUGGGAUGGCGUAUCGCUGCAUAAUGCUGCGGUAGCCAUGCUGGUUAAGUGUGCCUUGAAUUCUAAAUAAAUCACUGACCGUGUCACCAGCAAAGCACCCCCACACCAUAAAACCUCCUCCUCCAUGCUUUACGGUGGGAAAUACACAUGCGGAGAUCAUCCGUUCACCCACACCGCGUCUCACAAAGACACGGCGGUUGGAACCAAAAAUCUCCAAUUUGGACUCCAGACCAAAGGACACAUUUCCACAGGUCUAAUGUCCAUUGCUCAUGUUUCUUGGCCCAAGCAAGUCUCUUCUUCUUAUUGGUGUCCUUUAGUAGUGGUUUCUUUGCAGCAAUUCGACCAUGAAGGCCUGAUUCACGCAGUCUCCUCUGAACAGUUGAUGUUGAGAUGUGUCUGUUACUUGAACUCUGUGAAGCAUUUAUUUGGGCUGCAAUCUGAGGUGCAGUUAACUCUAAUAAACUUAUCCUCUGCAGCAGAGGUAACUCUGGGUCUUCCUUUCCUGUGACGGUCCUCACGUGAGCCAGUUUCAACAUAGCGCUUGAUGGUUUUUGCAUCUGCACUUGAAGAAACGUUCAAAGUUCUUGAAAUUGACUGACCUUAAUGUCUUAAAGUAAUGAUGGACUGUCGUUACUCUUUGCUGAUUUGAGCUGUUCUUGCCAUAAUAUGGACUUGGUCUUUUAUCAAAUAGGGCUAUCUUCUGUAUACCACCCCUACCUUGUCACAACACAACCGAUUUGGCUCAAACGCAUUAAGAAGUUCCACAAAUUAACAAUUAACAAGGCACACCUGUUAAUUGAAAUGCAUUCCAGGUGACUACCUCAUGAAGCUGGUUGAGAGAAUGCCAAGAGUGUGCAAAGCUGUCAUCAAGGCAAAGGGUGGCUAUUUUGAAGAAUCUGAAAUAUACAAUAUAUUUUGAUUCGUUUAACACUUAUUUGGUUACUACAUGAUUCCACGUGUGUUAUUUCAUCGUUUUGAUGUCUUCACUAUUAUUCUACAAUGUAGAAAAUAGUAAAAAUAAAGAAAAAUUCUUGAAUGAGUAGGUGUGUCCAAACUUUUGACUGGUACUGUAAGUAUUCAGACCCUUUACUCAGUACUUUGUUGAAGCACCUUUGGCAGCGAUUAUAGCCUCAAGUCUUCUUGGGUAUGACGCUACAAGCUUGGCUCACCUGUAUUUGGGGAGUUUCUCCCAUUCUUCUUUGCAGAUCCUCUCAAGCGCUCUCAGGUUGGAUGGGGAGUAUCGCUGCACAGCUAUUUUCAGGUCUCUCUAGAGAUGUUCGAUCUUGUUCAAGUCCGGGCCCUGGCUGAGCCACUCAAGGACAUUCAGAGACUUGUCCCGAAGCCACUCCUGCGUUGUCUUGGCUGUGUGCUUAAGGUCGUUGUCCUGUUGGAAGGUGAAACUUCGCUCCAGUCUGAGGUCCUGAGCACUCUGGAGCAGGUUUUCAUCAAGGAUCUCUCUGUACUUUGCUCCGUUCACCUUUCCCUCAAUCCUGACUAGUCUCCCAGUCCCUGCCGCUAAAAAACAUCCCCACGGAGGGAUGCUGCCACCACCAUGCUUCACCGUAGGGAUGGUGCAAGGUUUCCUCCAGACGUGACGCUUGGCAUUCAGGCCAAAGAGUUCAAUCUUGGUUUCAUCAAACCAGAGAAUCUGGUUUCUCAUGGUCUGAGAGUCCUUUAGGUGCCUUUUGGCAAACUCCAAGCGGGCUGUCAUGUGCCUUUUACUGAGGAGUGGCUUCCGUCUGGCCACUCUACCAUAAAGGCCUGAUUGUUGGAGUGCUGCAGAGAUGGUUGUCCUUCUGGAAGGUUCUCCCAUCUCCACAGAGGAAUUCUGGAGCUCUGUCAGAGUGACCAUUGUGUUCUUGGUCACCUCCCUGACCAAGGCCCUUCUCCCUCGAAUGCUCAGUUUGGCUGGGUGGCCAGCUCUAGGAAGAGUCUUGGUGGUUCCAAACUUCUUCCAUUUAAGAAUGAUGGAGGCCACUGUGUUCUUGGGGAACUUCAAGGCUGCAGAAAUGUUUUGGUACCCUUCCCCAGAUCUGUGCCUCGACACAAUCUUGUCUCGGAUCUCUAUGGACAAUUCCUUCAACCUCAUGGCUUGGUUUUUGCUCUGACAUGCACUGUCAACUGUGGGACCUUAUAUAGACAGGUGUGUGCCUUUCCAAAUCAUGUCCACAAGUGGACACCAAUCAAGUUGUAGAAACAUCUGAAGGAUGAUCAAUGAAAACAGGAUGCACCUGAGCUCAAUUUCGAGUCACAUAGCAAAGGGUCUGAAUACUUAUGUAAAUAUGGUAUUUCUGUUUUUUAUUUUUUAUAAAUGUGCAAUAAUUUAUAUAAACCUGUUUUCACUUUGUCAUUAUAGGGUAUUGUGUGUAGAUUGAUGAGAAAAAUGUUAAUUUAAUCAAUUUUAGAAUAAGGCUGUAACGUAACAAAAUGUUGAAAAAGUCAAGGGGUCUGAAUACUUUCCGAAUGCACUGUGUGUAUGUGUAUAUAUAUAUAUAUAUAUAUAUAUAUAUAUAUAUAUAUAUACAGAUACAGAUACAGAUACAGCUCUGGAAAAAUUAAGAGACCACUGCAAAAAAAAUAAUAAUCAGCAUCUCUUCAUGUAUGACAGCCAUUCCAUUCCAGUGUCUGUUGAAUUCCAACACAGGCACACCUCAUUCUACCUAAUUAGAUACUGAUUAGGUGAUCACCUGAACCAAAUCUUAUUUAACGGGGAAAAGUAUAAAAACCACUGCUGUGGUCAUCACUAUCCUCUUGCAAUAGGACCAGCUGGAUGGCAAAAACAGUGCUAAUAGUAAUAUUAAUAAAAAAAGAACUACUGACCAUGCCAAAAGAGUUGAAAAGGAAAGUUUUGAGUGUGGAAAAUAAAGGUUCAAUUCUGGCUUUACUGGCAGAGGGAUACAGUGAGCGUCAGGUUGCUUCCAUCCUUAAAAUGUCAAAGACGGCGGUUCAUAAGAACAAGGUCAAGCAGCAGACAUUGGGGACAACAAAGCUACAGACCGGCAGAGGGUGAAAACGACUCUCUACUGACCGGGAUGACCGCCAACUCAUUCAAAUGGCACUCAACAACCGUAGGAUGACAUCAAGUGACCUACAAAAAGAAUGGCAAACGGCAGCUGGGGUGAAGUGCACGGCGAGGACGGUUCGAAACAGGCUCCUAGGGGCUGGGCUGAAGUCGUGCAAAGCUAGAAAAAAGCCCUUCAUCAAUGAGAAGCAAAGAAGAGCCAGGCUGAGGUUUGCAAAAGACCAUAAGGAUUGGACCAUAGAGGACUGGAGUAAGGUCAUCUUCUCUGAUGAGUCCAAUUUUCAGCUUUGCCCAACACCUGGUCGUCUAAUGGUUAGACGGAGACCUGGAGAGGCCUACAAGCCACAGUGUCUCGCACCCACUGUGACAUUUGGUGGAUCGUGGAUCUGGGGGUGCUUCAACAAGGCUGGAAUUGGGCAGAUUUGUCUUUGUAAAGAACGCAUGAAUCAAGCCAUGUACAAGGUUGUCCUGGAAGAAAACUUGCUUCCUUUUGCUCUGACAUUGUUCCACAACUCUGAGGAUUGUUUUUUCCAGCAGGACAAUGCGCCAUGCCACACAGCCAGGUCAAUCAAGGUGUGGAUGGAGGACCACCAGAUCAAGACCUUGUCAUGGCCAGCCCAAUCUCCAGACCUGAACCCCAUUGAAAACUUCUGGAAUGUGAUCAAGAGGAAGAUGGAUGGUCACAAGCCAUCAAACAAAGCCGAGCUGCUUGAAUUUUUGUGCCAGGAGUGGCAUAAAGUCACCCAACAUCAAUGUGAAAGACUGGUGGAGAGCAUGCCAAGACGCAUGAAAGCUGUGAUUGAAAAUCAGGGUUAUUCCACCAAAUAUUGAUUUCUGAACUCUUCCUAAGUUAAAACAUUACUAUUGUGUUGUUUAAAAAUGAACAUGAACUUAUUUUCUUUGCAUUAUUCGAGGUCUGACAACACUGUAUCUUUUUUGUUAUUUUGACCAGUUGUCAUUUUCUGCAAAUAAAUGCUCUAAAUGACAAUAUUUUUUUGGGGAAUUUGGGAGAAAUGUUGUCAGUAGUUUAUAGAAUAAAACAAAAAUGUUAUUUUUACCCAAACACAUACCUAUAAAUAGUAAAACCAGAAAAACUGAUAAUUUUGCAGUGGUCUCUUAAUUUUUUCCGCAGCUGUAUAUAUACAGUGGGGAGAACAAGUAUUUGAUACACUGCUGAUUUUGCAGGUUUUCCUACUUACAAAGCAUGUAGAGGUCUGUAAUUUUUAUCACUUCAACUGUGAGAGACGGAAUCUAAAACAAAAAUCCAGAAAAUCACAUUGUAUGAUUUUUAAGUAAUUAAUUUGCAUUUUAUUGCAUGACAUAAGUAUUUGAUCACCUACCAACCAGUAAGAAUUCCGGCUCUCACAGACCUGUUAGUUUUUCUUUAAGAAGCCCUCCUGUUCUCCACUCAUUACCUGUAUUAACUGCACCUGUUUGAACUCGUUACCUGUAUAAAAGACACCUGUCCACACACUCAAUCAAACAGACUCCAACCUCUCCACAAUGGCCAAGACCAGAGAGCUGUGUAAGGACAUCAGGGAUAAAAUUGUAGACCUGCACAAGGCUGGGAUGGGCUACAGGACAAUAGGCAAGCAGCUUGGUGAGAAGGCAACAACUGUUGGCGCAAUUAUUAGAAAAUGGAAGAAGUUCAAGAUGACGGUCAAUCACCCUCGGUCUGGGGCUCCAUGCAAGAUCUCACCUCGUGGGGCAUCAAUGACCAUGAGGAAGGUGAGGGAUCAGCCCAGAACUACACGGCAGGACCUGGUCAAUGACCUGAAGAGAGCUGGGACCACAGUUUCAAAGAAAACCAUUAGUAACACACUACGCCGUCAUGGAUUAAAAUCCUGCAGCGCAUGCAAGGUCCCCCUGCUCAAGCCAGCGCAUGUCCAGGCCCGUCUGAAGUUUGCCAAUGACCAUCUGGAUGAUCCAGAGGAGGAAUGGGAGAAGGUAAUGUGUUCUGAUGAGACAAAAAUAGAGCUUUUUGGUCUAAACUCCACUCGCCGUGUUUGGAAGAAGAAGAAGGAUGAGUAUAACCCCAAGAACACCAUCCCAACCGUAAAGCAUGGAGGUAGAAACAUCAUUCUUUGGGGAUGCUUUUCUGCAAAGGGGACAGGACGACUGCACCGUAUUGAGGGGAGGAUGGAUGGGGCCAUGUAUUGCGAGAUCUUGGCCAACAACCUCCUUCCCUCAGAGCAUUGAAGAUGGGUCGUGGCUGGGUCUUCCAGCAUGACAACGACCCGAAACACACAGCCAGGGCAACUAAGGAGUGGCUCCGUAAGAAGCAUCUCAAGGUCCUGGAGUGGCCUACCCAGUCUCCAGACCUGAACCCAAUAGAAAAUCUUUGGAGGGAGCUGAAAGUCCGUAUUGCCCAGCGACAGCCCCGAAACCUGAAGGAUCUGGAGAAGGUAUGGAGGAGUGGGCCAAAAUCCCUGCUGCAGUGUGUGCAAACUUGGUCAAGACCUACAGGAAACGUAUGAUCUCUGUAAUUGCGAACAAAGGUUUCUGUACCAAAUAUUAAGUUCUGCUUUUCUGAUGUAUCAAAUACUUAUGUCAUGCAAUAAAAUGCAAAUGAUUUACUUAAAAAUCAUACAAUGUGAUUUUCUGGAUUUUUGUUUUAGAUUCCGUCUCUCACAGUUGAAGUGUACCUAUGAUAAAAAUGACAGACCUCUACAUGCUUUGUAAGUAGGAAAAUCUGCAAAAUCGGCAGUGUAUCAAAUACUUGUUCUCCCCACUGUGGUAUAUAUAUAUAUAUAUAUAUAUAUAUAUAUAUAUAUAUAUAUAUAUAUAUAUAUAUAUAUAUACAGAAGAUAAAUGUAAGUCACAAAAAUCUAUUUUAAUUUAAGAGCUGUACUGAUGAUGGUACUAAACUGUUAGUGGCUCUCUUGCUUUUUGUAGGUGAAUACCUGAGUCUGUGCCCUCAUUCAGCCAAUUAAAUUACAGGAUCAAUCAUUCAAUUAGCAGUUUUUUUUCUCAAAGCAAGGUAGGAUGCAGAAGAAAAUAGAGGCUCUUUGUCAGACCUGUGACACACAGAUGUUGAAUAUAGUUCUAACUUACUCAAAUUCAAUAUGAGUACGAACCUUAAAGUUACAGAGUAUGUCCAUGUAGACAUUUGACUGACCACAGCUCUGUCCCCUAGUCCUGCCGUCAUAGCCUCUCUACAGAGAUCAGCCUAGGCAGGGGUCCCCUGGACUCCAGUCUGGCAUGUUCCCCAGUGUCUGACUGCCCAGAGCUGGAGGGGCUAGAGGACCUGUCUGCCUCUGAGCUGUCCCUGACAGAGGGCUGGGAUCCUGGGCACAUCCCACUACUGGACCCUACCUGGAGCCUGGAGUGGAGCAAACUGGUCAACGCUGCCAAGGCCUAUGAGGGUAGGAGACUCAGUGUGCAAGAAGCAUGUCUAUGUGCCUGAGUUUGCCUAUGAAUGUUUGUGAGAGACAUGGCAUUUUAGACCAAAUGAGAAUAUGCAAUGAAUUUUGUGAUAUCAGUGUAUGUUUAUAUUUUUAUGUUUGUAGCACAGAGGACAGUGGAGCCCAUUCAUCCCAGCAAGCCCAAGAAGCAUGGUUCAGAGGGUGGACCUGCUGCUUGCCCACCCAAUCACUACCCUCCUCAUGGCUACAAUGCCCUGCCCACAUUAAGAAGGUACAGUACACAAACACACACACACUCUCUCUCUCUCUCUCUCUCUCUCUCUCUCUCUCUCUCUCUCUCUCUCUCUCUCUCUCUCUCUCUAUGGUCCCAUUCCCUUUACUGGACACACACUCAUAAUGGCUCUACUCUGACUUAAUGACCCUGAGUCCUGUAAGAGCUGGAUAUUAAUUCUCAAACAGACAUGGAUAAGUAUGGGGUAUGCCACUAUAGAGUUGUGCAUUUUCAUUCUGCUUCAAUACAUUUGUUUUUUCUCAUGAAGUUUGUGUUUGUGUUGAAGUUAUUCCUUAUUAACAAGAUGUGUUGCUUCUCUACAGUGAAGUGCCCAGUGAUCUGUCUAGACUUCACCACCUGGAGGUGCUGCUGAGACACUUGGAGAGCAACCUGGAGAAGGUGAGCCACUUCCACCUCAGAUACACAACCCCCAUCUCUCAUCAUUAAAUCCAUGUAGACCACCUCACCAUCUCUUUUUAAAUAACCCCAUGACCUCUCUCUCUGUGACGGUCAGGAGAGGCAGGACAAAGAAGCCCUGAUGGAGGAAGUGACGAUUCUGAGGGAGACCAACCGGCGCCUGUGGGAGGAGUCUCUUUCAUCCAAUGAACAGCUCCGUAAACUCAGCCUUUUGUUCAACAGGAAUGAUGCCUAGAGAGAGAGAAUGACCAAUGACACUAAGAGGAGAGAGAGAGAUGAGUUGAAAAGAGUGGAGGAAAAAAUGGU